AUGGAAGCUGCUGAUUUUUUAGAGAAGCAGAAACAUAAUAAUACUAGAAUGGAAGUCUUUGUUCGUUUGGCUAAACUGGAGGCUGCAAAUGCUGACCUUACAAAAUCCCUAGCCACCGUGCAAUGGAAUCUUGAAGUGGAGGUCAAUCUUUUUUGUUCAAGUUCAACUCCUUUUGAAGCUGCUACCGGGCAAAAAUAUCUUUAA